UGGUCGUCGGCGGGAGAUUGGGUCUCGCGACGUGCGUGUGCGUGUGCGUGCGCGGUACUCGCGAGCUCGCGCACGCCGCUCCUUGCUCCACGGGGCUGUGGUGGUCUCUUCCUGCUCGGUCCGGUGCUGCGCUGUGAGCGGUGGCUGAGGUCGGAGCUGGGAACCAGCGUCCGCUUCGCCGCUGCCGCCGCCCUGCCUGCUUUUCCCUCUGUCUUGGGCUCUCCGCGCAGUGUAGAGGCGCCGGGCUGGAAAGAGAGCGGCGCCAGCGUGAGGUUCCCAGCCGAUGGGCAGCCCCUGGGCGCGCUGAGGGGCCGGGCUUCUGGCGGCUGAGAAAAUGAUGCAUCCCGUUGCCAGCAGUAAUCCAGCUUUUUGUGGGCCUGGCAAACCUUCCUGCCUCAGUGAAGAUGCCAUGAGAGCUGCUGAUCAGUUUGACAUAUAUUCCUCCCAGCAAAACAAAUACAGCCACACAGUCAGCCACAAACCAAUGGCUUGUCAGAGGCAAGACCCAUUAAAUGAAACACACUUGCAGACUACAAGUGGCAGAAGCAUAGAGAUAAAAGAUGAACUAAAGAAAAAGAAAAAUCUCAACCGAUCUGGUAAGCGUGGCCGGCCUUCAGGAACCACCAAAUCAGCAGGAUACCGGACCAGCACGGGCAGACCCCUGGGAACCACCAAAGCGGCUGGAUUUAAGACAAGUCCAGGCAGACCUUUGGGUACAACUAAAGCUGCGGGAUACAAAGUCAGCCCAGGGAGACCUCCAGGUAGCAUUAAAGCUCUAUCCCGUCUUGCCGAUCUUGGUUAUGGCUGUGGGACUGCUGCUUUUCCUUACCCUAUGAUGCAUGGUAGAGCAGUUCAUGGCGUAGAGGAAACCAGCAGCGAAAUCAAGCCACCCAAUGAGUGAAUGAGGCAGGAAAGGAGGGCCAGGUUUAGAAGGAAGAUUGUGAAUAAUCCCAAAGCUUCUUGGUUUUAUUUUGACAUACAUGAUUUUAUGGCCUGGGCUUUCCAAAUUUGUUUUCCCAUUUGAUUUUUUUUUUUCCUGCUUUUGCUCAGAAACUGUCAUAUGCUGACAGAUGCACUCAGGGCAUAGCAGUGGUAUUGUAUUUGUACAUAGGUUCAAGUGUAACACCUAUCUAAAUCAUUUUUGCUUUUCCUUUAGAGUUAUGGUUGUGUCUCAUUACUACUUUUGGGUCAUUCUAAAUAGAUGCUUCAUGUGCUAAACAACUGAAACCAUUAUACCUAUUAGUUUGUGAAGUAAGCUUACAAUAUAAUAAAGAUAAUGUCGAAGGUAUUUUUAACUGAUGGAACAAAGCAAACUAAUGAUUCAGGAUUACUUGAGGUAGUGGCUGUGAGGUUUUUUGUAACAUGUUCAUGAGACAAGACACAUAUUUGUAUGCUUUGGCAUUUAUUUAGAUUUCAUAUGUUAAAAAUCUUAUUUUUAAUGUUCUAGGUUUAAGCAGCUUCCUAUUUAUUGAUCUACAUGGCAUUAAUUGAUUUAACUAUUAUUCCUUUAAAAAUUCUUCAGUGUUUGCCUUUCAGCCAUGUUAGGUUGUGUAUUUUUUAAUUGCCUAAGAGCAUGUAUACCAAACACUACAAACAAUUCAUAUUUACAAAAAAAAUAAACUUUUUAAUAAAAACUGCACAUUACAUUUUUGGUGAAAUAUUGACUACAGUGCAUUCUGAGAAUAGCAUAUUUAAUAUAAUAGGAAAAGAAAUAUUCUUAAGGUCUGCAUGUUGCUGUAGUUACUACAUUUUGUCUUUCAUAUACUUAGUUUUAAAGCAUUGUGCUUAAAACACUUAUUAAUGUUCAUUUAUUAAGAAUAUUUUUUAGUUUUUUCUGAUAAAUUGUCCCAUUGCAUUAGCAGUUACUGUGGUUUCAGGUCUGUAUCUACCAAAGGACAAAAAUUGAAUGGUAGACCGUAAAACUGGUAUAAACAAAAUGUAGUUUUCUGACUGUCAGAACCCAAAUAUUAAAAAGUAUAUAGGAAUCCAUCUAUGCAUGAAACAUGUAAGAAAUAUGUUGGUUAGUUUAAUUAAAAAUCUCAUGGUGGCUCUAGUGAGACCACUUCGUUCAAAAUAAAUUUUUUUCUGACAGUGUUUGCUUUAGAAGCAAAAUAGAUAGGAAAGAAAAAAACGUAUUAGGUAGAUACGUAUAGAAGGGACAGGAGGAUAUCUCUCUUCCCUCUUUCUGAAAGUAAUAUUCUUUGUUAAUAUACAUUUUAUUUAUUCUGAGUUUGUUCUAAAUAAAAUAAACUAUUAUAAACUUCGGAUUUGGAAAAAAAAAUUCCACUGAACUUUACAAUGUAUGUAUUUGUGAGCUUAAAUGCCUUUGAGAUUAUAAUGUAGAUUUGCAAGACUCCAAAACUUUUAAAAUAAUUAAAAUUUUAAAAGGGCACAUACUGUGUUUGGGCUUGCUCUCAGUUACUGCAGACUCUGACUGCAAAUGGAUGUCAUGUUUCAUACCUUUUUUAUCAGGAAAAAAGCAGCAAGCCUUCAGGUGUUCCAGUGAUGCCUGACACAAUGAGCUGGACUUUAUGCUGCUCUUUACAGUAAGAGGUGUUGCAUUGUAUGUGGGGACUGUGUGUGCACUGGCAUCUAAGACAGUGACCUCAACAAUUUUAGCGUUGCACAAAGCAUAGAGAACAGUGUUGGAUGACUACAUAAUCAGUUGUAACAUUCUGGCAGCUAAAUUGCUACAAGAGUUUCUUCUUGCAGAAGCUUAAAAUAUAAAACUUUUAAAAUAAUUUACUUAGAACAGUAUAACUUCUGACACACACAGAUGCUUACAUCUUUAUUCAUAUGUUCAUCCAUCCACUUUUAUUAUGUAUCUGUCAUAUGUUCAUCCAUCCACUUUUAUUAUGUAUCUGUCAUUUAGUUGUUUCUCAAGAUGAUGUUCAGCAGUUGGCUGCUUAGAAAUCCUGUUUUGAAUUCCUGAAAACAGUUGUUUAAUUAAAUGUUCUUCCAUGGAAUUAUAUAUAUCAUUGUCAAGGGUUUGGUUGCAGGUUGUGUUUUGUAGUACGCCCAUUUGACAUUUCCCUUUCAGUUUAUUUGCUUUCCUGAUUUUAUUAUACAUGCUUUUUCUCCCUGCCUUUUUCUACAUUCAUUCCCCUCCCCCUUUCUCCAUCCUCCAGCACAUCUACUCAGUGGUGCUGUGCUGUGUGUCAGAAGAUAAAGCAGGUGUGUUAAUGUAUAAUGAAUCUUAUAUACAAGUUAAUGAAAUGGUGAAAUCAACUAAAGGAAGUAUGUUCAUAACAGUGUUUAUUAACAUCAGGAGCUAUGUCCCAGGAAAAAAAGGGGGGCGAAUGGCUACUUUUGUGAAUGGAUAACAUCAUUUAAAAAGCUGAAUUUUCUGUGUUCAUGUGAGUUGUUACCUGGAGUAUUAGAUCUGUAUGUUGAUGAGCAUCUCCUGAUUCCACUUCCUUUUCUCCUUGUGAACAGUUUGUUGGUGCCAUGGUGAAGAGAAAGACAUCUAAAUGAUAACAUGAAUGAAGUCUUAAAAUACAAAAUAUUUUUACUUCUCUAUAAAGACUACAUUGUGCAUCUUUUGUAACACUGUCUCUUGUCAUGAUAAACACUGAAAUAGCAUGUUAAACAAUUGCCUAUACUUUAAUAUAAUCAGUUGGGGAAAACUGGCCUUUUCCUCCCACUGUAUGAUUGUUCCUUGAAAGGUAAAUUAGUAAUCUUAUAUUGUGUAAUUCUGUUC